UGAACGUUAAAUUCGUCAAGUCUUUAUUUGAUGUACUUUACUGGCUACGAUGGGAGAAACUGUCUAUCAUUAGUAUCGGUGGUGGAAAGUCAGCCGGGUGUUAUGAACAGCUAUGAGGUUAUCCGUCAGAUUGGAGAGGGUGCGUUUGGGAAAGCCUUCCUGGUCAGAGACAGAAGGGGAGGUGGAGACAGACAGUGUGUGGUCAAAGAGAUCAUCCUCAGAAAGAUGUCAGCGAGGAAGAAGGAAGUGUCAAAGAAAGAGGUGACGCUGCUGUCGAAGAUGAACCACCCUAACAUCGUCACCUUCAUCACAUCAUUUCAAGAGAAGGGCAGCCUGUACAUAGUGAUGGAGUACUGUGAUGGAGGAGACCUGAUGAAGAAGAUCCACAUGCAGAGAGGGGUCUCCUUCUCUGAGGAGCAGAUCGUGGACUGGUUCGUUCAGAUCUGCCUGGGCCUCAAACACAUCCACGACAGGAAGAUUCUCCACAGGGACAUCAAGUCUCCGAAUAUCUUCCUAACCAGCGGAGGGAUGAAAGCAAAGCUGGGGGACUUUGGAAUCGCGAGAAUGUUGAACAACACCAUGGAGCUGGCCAGGACCUGUGUUGGGACACCGUACUACCUCUCUCCAGAGAUCUGCGAGAGUCAGCCAUACAACAACAAGACGGAUAUCUGGUCACUGGGCUGCGUCCUGUAUGAACUCUGCACCCUGAAACAUCCAUUUGAGGGCAGCAGUUUGCGACAGCUGGUCAGUAAAAUCUGCAGGGGGCGCUACAACCCAGUCCCCAGCCGCUACUCCUACGACCUGCGCCUGCUGAUCACCCAACUCUUCAAGGUCAACCCUCGCGACCGUCCCUCGGUCAACUCUGUCCUCAGGUGUCCCUUCCUGGAAAAGCACAUCAGCAAACACCUAGACCCACAGGUAAUGCAGGAGGAGUUUAGCCACACAGUGCUGCAUCGAAACAGAGCUGCAGCAUCACAAGCUGCUAAAGCAAAGGCAGGAGCUGCAAAUGCACCAGAGAAGAUACAGAAGCCCAGAGGAGCAGAGAGGCCGGAGGCCGCCUGGAGGAGGCCAUCUGUGAAACCACACUGGAGAGCCCCACUCAGAGUCCACACCCCUGGCCACUACAAAAGAACAGGACAGCCAGCUGCCAACAGAGAGUUCGCAGAGCAGCAGAUCCAAAAGUUUAACAGCCAGCAGCCUCUCGACCACUACCAGCACUACCAUGCCCAGCUGGACGCCUUUCAGAAGAGGAACAGGGAGGACGUCCUUCCUCCCCAGGAGAGAGAGAAGGAGCGAAGUGAAGACCAUGCUGCUCCGUCCGUGGAGCCAUACCAGCUUGUGGCUGCAGCUCGUAACGAAUACCUACAGAGGAGACAUGAAGCCAACCAGUACAAGCUGAGAGCAGAGAAGCAGCUGGGUCUGCGUCCAUACACAGCCGAGUGCCACAGGAAGCCCAGAGGUCAGGAGCAGGAAGCGGGACGACCUGAACACCAGGACACACCUCAGGACAGGAGGCAGGAGGGACACCAGGAGUACCUGUGUCAGCUGGAUCUCAUCCGUCAGCAGUAUCACCUGGAGAUGAGACAGAUGAGGCUCAGAGCUGAAGCGCAGGCUGAGCCACAUCAGAAACAUCGAACGUUUGUGGUGGAGAAAUCCAGAGACCCUGAAGCUUCAGCAGAUAGUAAAGAGCAGCAGAAAGCUCCACCUGCACAGGACGUCGAAGCAGCCCUGAGGCAAAUCAGAGAGGACACCAGAGAUCAGAGGAGAGUGCUGGAGAGAAAACACAAAGACAAGAAGGGAAUCAUGUUUGAGAUCUGGUUAGAUGACAAUGGGAUGAAAGAAGACACAGGAAAGGAGAAAGAGGAGAGAAGAAAAGAAGAAGAGGAGGACCCACAUCCUUUGAACCAGACGCUGAGCUUCCAGGAGGGGGAGGAGUUGAAGCUCCAGGACUGGUCACAGCUGAGGAAGGGGUUGAGGCAGAGGAGCCCUCAGACUCUGCUGGAAGCACUCGCCAACAUGGACGUCAACUCCAUCUACAACACCGUGGUCGAGGCUGAACAAGACGAGGCAGCUGCAGGUCGCAAACAGUGGGUUGAUGGCCCCCCAAACACCCUGCUGGAUGCUUUGGCUCAGGCUGAACUCAUAUCGUCAACUCUGGACUCAGUGCCUGCAGAUUCAGAGCCAGAGCAGGACAGAGCGGAGGAGGAAGAGGAAGAGGUGGAGAUGGAGAUGGAGAUGGAGGAGGGGGAGUAG